AUGAGCAGAGCAGGAACGCCUGAUUUUUUCUACAGAGAAGCUCAGCGCCUUGGUUAUGUUGCCCGCUCUGCGUUCAAGUUGAUUCAGAUUCAGAAGCAGUACAAACUAAUAACCUCUGGCUCGUCUGUUCUUGAUCUUGGUUGUUCUCCUGGCGCUUGGCUUCAGGUGGCUUGCCAGAGCUUGGGUCCAUUGAAGAAUGGUGGAGCAGUUGUGGGGAUUGACAUUAAGAAGGUGAAGGUUCCGUCUAUGCACUGUGACGUUCGUGUCCAAACUGUUUGUGCUGAUGUCAUGAACCUGGAAAGGGAUCAAGUCAUAGAACUGUCUCCGCAGAAAAAAGGGUUUUCUGUGAUACUCUCUGAUAUGUGUCCACUAGUUACUGGAAUCACUAGUAGAGAUGCAGCUUUAUCUUCUGAACUUGGAAUGAGAGCUCUUGAUCUGGCAGUUGGAAGGGCUGUUUUACCAGCUCAUUCAGAAAAUAAUGUGCCAGUAGCAGCAGAUUCUGAUAGCUCUACUUGUGGUGUGCUACGACCUGGGGGUCACCUCAUCGUUAAACUUCUGGAAAGUGAAUAUAUUAAAGAAUUCAGAGAGAUUUGCAAUCCACUCUUCCGGAAGGCAUCAUGGUUGAGACCUAAAGCAACUAGAUCGUGUUCUCGAGAGAUUUAUUUGAUUUGCCAAGGGUUGCAAUAA